AUGCAUCACAUAAAGGCUAUCUUGAGGUGGUCAGACUACUUCUUAACUAUCUUGAGCUAUCUUGAGGUGGUCAGACUGCUUCUUAACCAUCUUGAGGUGGUCAAGCUCCUUCUUGAAAACAGGGCCGACAUCACCAUCCCAAACAAAGAUGGCCGCACGCCAUUAAAUUCAGCUUCACAAAACAGUCAUCUCAGGACGGUUCAGCUACUCCUCCAAUCCUCAAGUAAGGUGACGCCUACUACUGUUGCAAAUCUUGCCAUAAUUUCGAUAUAUGCUUGGAGUGUCACGGAUUCGAUGUUCAAUACUCCGAUGCCUCUCACCAAUGGAUCCUCCAUCAUUCCGACUCCUUAUAAACCUUUCGAGAAUAUUAUGAUAGGAGGGAGUCACAAAGUGCUUUUGAGCAGGUGCUGCAGUAAGGGUGUCAAGGCAGAAACACCUCCAUAA